AUGUUCUCACCAGCUCAGGAGAAGGAACGUGAAAAGGAGCGGGAGCGUCUGGAGCAGGAGAAAGAGCGCGAAAGGGAAAAGGAGAAGGAGCGCGAGAAGGAGAAGUUGAAAUUGGAGAUUCCGCUCAGCCCUGCCAAGGUCCUCAAGCAUCACAUUGAGGAGCUGACGGAGUUUGAGCAGGGCGAGAUCCUGGAUUUUCCACAAAUCUGGUACUUUGGCGCUGGCGCCCCAAAAAUUCGGGGGACGUCCGCCUCCACAAACAACCAUUCUUACGACGACGAGCGUGGUGACUACAUGGUCGUUUUGCACGACCACAUCUUGUACCGCUACGAGGUGCUGAACCCGCUGGGCAAAGGUUCCUUCGGGCAGGUAGUCCGCUCGUUCGACUUCAAGACGAAUAAUUGCGUCGCUUUGAAGAUGGUCCGCAACAAAAAGCGCUUCCACCAUCAGGCUCUGGUUGAGGUGAAGAUCUUGGAGCACCUUAGAGAGCGUGAUCUGGAAAGUACCUCUAACGUUGUGCACAUGCUGGAUUACUUUUAUUUCAGGAACCACCUCUGCAUAACCUUCGAGUUGCUCAGCAUCAAUCUCUACGAGUUCAUUAAGAACAACAACUUCCAGGGGGUCUCCCUGGGUUUGAUUCGGAGAUUCGCUAUCCAGCUCCUGGCUGCCCUGCGGUUCUUGAGGAAGCUGCACAUCAUCCACUGCGACCUGAAGCCGGAGAACGUGCUGCUGAAGAAUCCAACAAAAAGUGGUAUCAAGGUAAUCGACUUUGGCUCCUCUUGCUUUGAGGAUGAGCGUGUGUACACGUAUAUUCAGAGCCGAUUCUAUCGGUCCCCAGAGGUAAUUCUCGGGAUCCCGUACGAUACCGCGAUUGACAUGUGGUCGUUCGGGUGCAUCUUGGCCGAGCUGUACACAGGCUAUCCACUUUUUCCUGGUGAGAACGAGGUGGAACAGCUUGCUUGCAUCAUGGAGCUCUUUGGCGUACCUCCAUCUAAGAUACUGGAUGGUGCCCCGCGAAUCAAGAUGUUUUUUGAUCCCCACGGCAACCCACGGCUGGUUCCCAACUCGCGGGGCAAGCUCAGAAGACCUGGAGCAAAGGAGCUGCAGUCGGUCCUGCGCACCUCCGAGGGGAAGUUCGUGGACUUCCUGCUGGGUUGCCUGCAGUGGGAUGCGCGCGAGCGCUUCAGCCCAGAAGAUGCACUGCAGCAGGAAUGGAUCCUCGAGUGCUAUGCCAAGCCCCCGAGGGACAGUGGCGGCACGACUGGACGAAUGCCUGAAGCUCAGGCAUCGACCAGCUCCAGGACCAUUCAAGAGCCAGCUAGCUGUGGACCUACAGCACCCUCACCUUCAGCGUUGGAAAUCUCUGCUAAAACCAAACACCGCGCUUAUCCUGAAUCGUGA